AUGCCGUGCCCGCGGCCGCCCUGGCUCCGCCGUGUCCGGGCCGUGCCCAGCCCGGGCCGCGAUGAGGACGCAGACGAGGAGGAGGAGGAGGAGGCUGACGGUGGCCCGGGCUCGGGCCGCAUGCUGUCCCCCGCUUCGCCCUCCGAGUGCCUCAUCUGCGUUUCGCCCUUCGACGGCAUCUUCAAGCUGCCCAAGCGCCUGGACUGCGGCCACGUCUUCUGCCUCGAGUGCCUGGCGCGUCUGUCGCUGGCCACUGCGGGCGGCGGCGCGGCGGUGGCCUGCCCGGUGUGCCGCGCGCCCACGCGGCUGGCCCCGCGCCGCGGGCUGCCCGCGCUGCCCACGCAGCCCGGGCUGCUGCCCGGCGACACGCGCGCGCUGCCGCGCCAGGGCUCCGUGCGCUUCGACCGCAGCCGCGGGCUGCUCUACCUGCGGCCACCGCCGCCGCCGCCGCCGCCCGGGCCACGCAAGGGCCGCACGGCGCAGGCGCAUGCGCAGAUGCACGCGCCGCCGCCGCCGCCGCCGCUGCGCCUGGGCCGCCCGCUCUCACGCCGCCUGUCGCUCAGCAGCCCCGCCUGGGCCUUCAAUGCCGCCGUAGCGCUGGCCGUGCUGGUGGCUGCGGGCCUGGUGGUCUCGGGGGUCUACAUCUUUUUCCUCAUCCCGCACGCCACCGCUGUCGGCCCCGCGCGGCCCCAGAUCGUGGCUCUGGCGCCCCCGCCCGGCCUCCCCUGGUUCCCGCCGCAGCCGCCGCCGCCCGGGAUCCCCGCCGCCUUCCCGCCGGAGCCCGGGCUGGAGCCCGACGGGGGUUCCGAGCACGCUGUGGGGCCCGGGUUGGAGCUCGACGAGGGCCCCAAGGACGCUGCGGGGUCCGGGCUGGAGCCCGACGGGGGCCCCGGGGACGCUGCGGGGCCCCGGGGGACGCGGGAGCCCGGGCUGGAGACCGACAGGGGCCCCGAGGACGCUGCGGGGCCCGGGCUGGAGUCCAACAGGGGCCCCGAGGACGCUGCAGGGCCCAGGCUGGAGUCCGACAGGGUCCCUGAGGACGCUGCUGGGCCCGGGAGGACGCGGGAGCCUCCUCGAGACGGCGCCAGGGGGGAAGAGGCCGGCCCCUGA